AUGUUUGCAUCUUACCUAGUAUUCAGAGCUGCCAUGUUUUUCUUGUUUCUUGGUUAUAUUCUCUUCGUUAUGAACCUGCGUUCAGUCUUAUCAGCAUCAUUGCCUCAAGAUGCAAUACAUCUUCUUCAGUUUCGAAACAGCCUACUGGAACCUUCUCGGUUUAUGCUGCCAUGGAAUGAAUCCGUUUUACACUGCCAAUGGCCUGGUAUUUCUUGCUACUCAAAUAAAGAUUUUCGCGUCAAAUCUGUGAAUCUCACGCGCUAUGGACUCUCAGGGAUUUUGGAAAUAUCAGUUUCUGAUAUGUGUAAACUUCCUGAUUUGCUGAUUCUUGAUCUUUCUGGGAACAAUUUCACCGGAAAAAUCCCGACCCUGGUCGGAAACUGCAGCAAUCUCAAUACAAUUCUCCUCAAUGAAAAUGGAUUUUCUGGAUCAAUUCCUGCUCAGCUUUUCACAUCAAGGGAGAUUGUACAGAUUGAUUUGGGAUAUAAUCUGCUCACUGGGAUCAUUCCCCCUGAGGUAGGCCAAUGCAACAGUCUUGAAUAUCUUGGGUUGAAUAACAAUUUCUUGAAUGGGGAGAUUCCUGUUGAAUUAUUUACUCUACCAAGUCUGAAAUUUCUUUAUUUAAGCACAAACAAUCUAACAAAAUCCUUGCCUGAUUUUCCAUCCUUCUGUUCACUUUCUGAUUUUCGGAUUCAUGAAAAUUCGUUUUCUGGUCCUUUACCAGUUUCCUUGAGCAACUGUCAUAACCUCAGUCUUCUCUAUGCGUCUUCUAACAAUCUUGGGGGAGUUAUUCCACCAAAUACCUUCAAGGGCCUCCUGGAAAUUGAAUUUCUAUAUCUUGACAGAAACAAGUUUGAAGGGGAAAUUCCCGAGUCCUUAUAG